AUGAAUCCAGUUGAAGAAUAUUCAAACAAUGUCGGUAGCUCAUUCCCUGGGAAUAGUUCUCGGUACAUUGAUGAAAAUCAGGAUGUAAAUAAUAUUAUCGAAUUCAGCCGGCCUUCGUACUGCAUUAAAUGUAAAAUUAUGACUGGCCACAAUACACCACCUCGUUUAAUCGUGAUAAAAAAUGGGCGUCCUGCAAUGUCAUCUUUUUGUUGGACAUGUAGGUCAAGAAAGAUGCGACUCGUAUCUUACAAACUGUAUUGGAGCAAAACGGGAAGAAGGAUUAUGUUUAAGAAUGGAAGAAAAAAAAAGAAGAGUAAAUAUAAAAGACGUCUUUAA